UAAGUAAAUGUAGGCUUUAAAUGGCUUCAGACUGGUUAUAUGCUGAACCCCACUGCCAGUUUCUGAGCUUUUUUCUCGCUGACCAACGCGUCGCUAGUUUAUUUCCUAAUCUCAAUGCAAUGUUCCGUGAAUUACCGACAGGUGGCGCUCUAACCACUUCAGUUUUGCUCGUGACUCCUCAUAUGUGAGUAAAGCCUACUCCACGAAGGUCAAGCUCAGUCUGUUUGUUUGUUUGUUUGCCUGUUUGUUUGUUUGUGCGUGUGAUAGCGCGAGUGGGCGGUCGGAGUGCGCACGUGUGAAUGAUGUGCGUGCGUAAAUAGUGCGCGCGUAUCUGCUAGGCCGUCUCGUGCAGCUCGUGCGUGUUAAAGGGAAAGAAAGAAAUAAAUGAACGCGAAGUCAAGAGUUUGAGUGUAAAGGAGUUUAAUUAAACUGUAAAUAAUAAUAAUAACCUUAAAUGUAUCAUGUAAGUACAAUUUUAUUUAAACUUUUGAAUUUUACGCACUUUUAUACACGUGACAGUCAAAGCUGGACGUCACAGGGCCCCUUUUUUUAACAAGCUCGUGCCCCAGGGAGCCAAAUAUGAUGGUGUCUUUACUUUGGUCGAUUUAAUGAAGGUCUAUAGCUAUAAACGGAGGACUGUGGAGACCGCAGAGGGGAAACUAUCACCACAUUAUCAUUCUUCACGAAAGAGAUAAUAUCUAGUGAGCCAAAUUAUAGUCUCUCAUAGGCUCUUCAAGGACCCCUCAUGGGCCGACCAGGGAGCAAUACAAAUGCACAGUGGUAUCACCGAGGAAAAGGGCAUUUUCACCGCCCCUGUGGAGCUGCCAUAUCAUCAAAGUUUCUCAGGCAGUACUCUGCACUAGCCCGAAGCUCCGGCUGGAGGACAGAAAUCACUGCCCCCAGAGCCAAGAAGACACCGGAGAGAGGCUGGAUUUAAAACCCGCCCUCCGGAGGGAUCUCGUUUCCCCCAAAAAAACCUCCCAUUUCUCUCUCUCUCACUCUCUCUCUCUCUCUCUUUCUCUCUCUCCCUCUCUCUCUGUCCCUCUCUCUUCCUUUACCUUUAUCCCUCGCCUUUCGCCGUUUCCCCCACCACAAUAAUGGAUCUCACGGCGAGAUGUUUGUUUCUUCUAUCCUGUCUCGGCGUGAUAUUGGCGAUCGAUUUGGAGGCGAUUGAUCCGGGCUACUAUGUGGACCCCACUGCCACAUCAGACGCGAUCGACUAUAAGGAUCCCUGUAAAGCUGUUGCCUUUCUGGGAGACAUUGCUCUGGAUGAGGAGGACCUGCGAUCGUUUAAAGUGGACAGAAUAAUAGAUUUGGCUCAGAGAACCGUCCAGAUUGUUAAUCACACAGAUACAGGAUCCACCAGUCAGAGUAGCCAAAUUAGGCAAGGUUCACGCCGCAGGAAAAGGGCUGCCACCUCCAGACCUGAACGUGUUUGGCCUGAAGGUGUUAUUCCUUAUGUCAUCAGUGGUAACUUUAGUGGUAACGGGCUAUUUCGCCAAGCCAUGCGGCACUGGGAGAAGCACACCUGGUGACCUUAGAGGGAAGCAGAAGAGAGCUAUAUUGUCUUCACCUACCGACCAUGCGUGUGCUGCUCCUAUGUGGGUCGUCGCGGAGGGGGCCCCCAGGCCAUAUCCAUUGGGAAAAACUGCGACAAGUUUGGCAUUGUGGUGCACGAGUUGGGUCAUGUGAUUGGAUUCUGGCACGAACACACACGACCUGACCGAGACGAACACGUCAGCAUUAUCAGGGACAACAUUCAACCAGGACAGGAGUAUAACUUUUUGAAGAUGGAGCCGGGGGAGGUCGACUCUUUGGGAGAAGUCUAUGACUUUGACAGUAUCAUGCACUAUGCCAGGAAUACAUUCUCCAGAGGCAUCUUCCUGGACACCAUCCUGCCACGCUACGAUGUGAACGGAGUGCGACCACCCAUUGGCCAGAGAACCAGACUGAGCAAAGGGGAUAUCGCACAGGCACGCAAACUCUACAAAUGCUCCAGAUGUGGGGACAGUCUGCAGGACAGCAGCGGCAACUUCUCCUCUCCCGGCUUUCCCAAUGGAUACUCGGCCUACAUGCACUGCAUCUGGAGAAUAUCAGUCACACCAGGAGAAAAGAUCAUUCUGAACUUCACAUCCAUGGAUCUGUACAGGAGUCACUUGUGUUGGUACGACCACGUGGAAAUCCGAGAUGGAUACUGGAGGAAGGCACCGCUCAAAGGUCGUUUCUGCGGUGAUAAACUGCCAGAGCCCAUCAUCUCCACCGACAGCCGACUGUGGAUUGAGUUCCGCAGCAGCAGUAACUGGGUGGGAAAAGGUUUCUCCGCUGUUUAUGAGGCCAUCUGUGGUGGGGAGGUGAAGAAAGACAACGGCCAGAUCCAGUCCCCCAACUAUCCUGAUGACUACAGACCCAACAAAGUAUGCGUGUGGAAGAUUACUGUAGCUCAGGGCUACCAUGUAGGCCUUACCUUCCAGUCCUUUGAGAUUGAGAGACAUGACAGUUGUGCCUAUGACUACCUGGAGGUGCGUGAUGGGAACUCUGAAAAUAGUCCCCUGCUGGGUCGCUUCUGUGGCUACGACAAACCAGAUGACAUCAAAACCAGCUCCAACCAGCUGUGGAUGAAAUUUGUUUCAGAUGGCUCCGUCAACAAGGCCGGCUUUGCUGCCAACUUCUUCAAAGAGAUGGAUGAGUGCUCCAAGCCGGACAACGGUCGCUGUGAGCAACGCUGUGUCAACACACUAGGCAGCUACAAGUGUGCCUGUGACCCAGGCUAUGAGCUGGCUGCUGACAAACGCAGCUGUGAGGCUGCCUGUGGAGGCUUCAUCACCAAGCUGAAUGGGUCAAUCACCAGCCCCGGUUGGCCCAGAGAGUAUCCCCCAAACAAGAACUGCAUCUGGCAGCUGGUUGCCCCCACGCAGUACCGCAUCACUCUGCUCUUUGACGUCUUCGAGACUGAGGGCAAUGACGUUUGUAAGUACGACUACGUGGAGGUGCGCAGUGGGCUCUCCGCUGAUUCAAGGCUACAUGGCAAGUUCUGUGGGGCAGAGAAACCAGAAGCUAUCACCUCCCAGUACAACAACAUGCGCAUUGAGUUCAAAUCAGACAAUACAGUGUCCAAAAAGGGCUUUAAAGCGCAGUUCUUCUCAGACAAAGAUGAGUGCUCUAAGGAGAACGGUGGCUGUCAACAUGAGUGUGUCAACACCUUUGGGAGCUACAGCUGUCAGUGCAGAAGUGGCUUUGUGCUGCAUGAGAACAAACACGACUGUAAAGAAGCUGGUUGUGAUCACACUGUGAAUAGUGUGAGCGGUACCAUCACCAGCCCCAAUUGGCCGGAUAAAUACCCCAGCAAGAAGGCAUGCACCUGGGCACUCACCACCACUCCGGGCCACCGCAUCAAAAUCGCCUUCAAUGAGAUCGACAUGGAGGCCCACCUGGAGUGUGCUUAUGACCACAUUGAGCUUUACGAUGGGCGAGAUGGAAAAGCUCCAAGUCUGGGUCGCUUCUGUGGCACCAAGAAGCCCCCACCUAUCAUGUCUAGCGGCAAUAAGCUGUUCAUUCGCUUCUUCUCUGAUAACUCUGUGCAGAAGAAAGGCUUCGAGGCUUCACAUACUGCAGAGUGUGGAGGUCGCCUAAAAGCUGAAGUCAAAACCAAGGACCUGUUCUCCCAUGCCCAGUUUGGGGACAACAACUAUCCCGGAGCUUCCGACUGUCAGUGGGUGAUCGCAGCGGAGAAAGGCUAUGGCGUGGAGCUCAUCUUUCAGACCUUUGAGAUUGAGGAGGAGGCCGACUGCGGCUAUGACUACAUGGAGCUCUUCGAUGGAGCUGACACCAAGUCUCCACGGCUGGGACGUUACUGCGGCUCUGGGCCUCCAGAGGAGAUCUACUCGGCCGGUGACUCCAUUGUGAUCAAGUUCCGCUCUGACGAUACAAUCAACAAAAAAGGAUUUCACGUCCGCUACACCAGUACCAAGUUCCAGGACACACUGCACUCACGCAAGUGACCAGCGGGGGCCGGAAGGGGCCGUGCAGGGCAGAGGGGCAAACGAAGGGGCCCCCAGGGGAGGCGCCAGCCUGACGCUCGGAAACCUUCGGCCACCAAGAUGAAUCAGACACGACCGAACAGCCGCAAGACCACCAACCGCACCUCAGCUCCUAGGGGCUCUAGCUCCCCCCACAGACUGUGAGGAGUAAAGCCAUUCUGCAGUACACCUUGUUUUUACCUUUUUAUGGUUAGGAUUGGGGUGGGAGGAUGAACGUCCGCUUUAGGUGGACAGUAGGGGAAAAGUUUUUGACCCAUCCCCUCCAGAUAUUUUGUGUUUUUUCUUUCUUUUUUUCGUUUUUUUUUUAAACAUGC